UCGACACGUUUACAUCUCAAUCUGACACGCCGUAGCAUAAAACAUCGCCGUCAGUUGCCGGAAAAUACUGAGUAUAUAGAGAUCGCCAGACGUGUCCGAGGAAGUGUUAAAUCCUCGUGUGAAGUAGAACAAAUUCGAUAGAUGUUUCAGUCGAUGUUUAUUUAAUUACAAUGAAGAAUUUCAUUAUUCAUUUUGCACUUGCUUUUCUACUUCUUUCUGGAUUAGCACAAGCGAAACUUAAUGAAGAGGACGAUGUCCCCACCGUCGAUAACAACCUGGGUUCCUCCCGCGAGGCGUCCCGUACCGAUGAUGAAGCAGUCCAACGAGAGAGCGAGGCCAUCAAUAUCGAUGGGCUGAACCCCUCGCAGAUUCAACAACUUCGCGAGAAAGCGGAAAAAUUCACCUUUCAAACCGAAGUCAAUAGAAUGAUGAAGUUGAUCAUCAACUCCCUCUAUCAAAAUAAGGAGAUCUUCCUCAGAGAACUGAUCUCCAAUGCAUCAGACGCCCUUGACAAGAUUCGUCUUUUGUCCCUGACUGAUACAACUGUUUUGGAUGCAAAUCCGGAGCUCGCAAUCUGGAUAAAAGCAGAUUCUGAGAAUAAAAUCCUCCACAUUACAGACUCUGGUAUUGGAAUGACGAAGUCAGAUCUCAUCAACAAUUUGGGAACAAUUGCCAAGUCAGGAACAGCUGAAUUUUUAGGGAAAAUGCAGAACAAAGAGAAUGGUCAAGACAUGAAUGACAUGAUCGGACAAUUUGGUGUAGGGUUUUACUCAGGGUUCUUAGUUGCAAAUAAAAUUGUUGUCACUACGAAGCAUAAUGAUGAUAAGCAAUAUAUCUGGGAAUCUGAUAGUGGUAGUUAUAGUAUUGUUGAAGACCCAAGGGGAGACUCAUUGAAACGAGGAACAACAAUCUCUCUGCAUCUAAAGGAAGAAGCUCAUGAUUUCUCCGAGCAAGAAACGAUCAGGGAGUUGAUUAAAAAGUACUCGCAGUUCAUUAACUUCAAAAUUUACCUGUGGAGCAGCAAGACCAUUGAAGUUGAACAAGACGAAGUCGAGAAAUCUGAAGAGAAAACCGAGGAAAUUAAGGAUAUUAAGGAUAAAAAUGAGGAUGAAGAUGUUGAGGUUGAAGAAGCAUCUGACGAGUCCGAAAAGAAGAAAAAGACGAUCUCAAAAACCCUCUGGGACUGGGAACUCUUAAAUGAUUCGAAACCUAUAUGGACUCUGAAACCCUCUCAGGUUACGGAAUCUAGCUACACCGACUUCUAUAAGACCCUGACUGGAGACACACAAGAGCCACUCGCUAAGGUUCACUUUGUUGCUGAAGGCGAAGUUUCUUUCAAGGCUCUUCUCUUCAUCCCAAAAGUUCAACCAAGUGAAAGCUUCAACAAAUACGGAACCAAGGCGGACAAUAUUAAGCUCUACGUCCGCAGAGUCUUCAUCACCGAUAAGAUCAAUGACAUGAUGCUAAACUACCUCUCUUUCAUUCGCGGAAUAGUUGACUCAGAUGACCUCCCUCUUAACGUCUCAAGAGAAAACCUUCAACAACACAAGCUAAUCAAAGUGAUCAAGAAAAAACUUGUCCGGAAGGUUCUAGAUAUGAUAAAGAAGCUACCCAAGGAGGACUACGAUACCUUCUGGAAGGAGUACAGUACCAACAUCAAACUGGGAGUGAUUGAAGAUCCUCAAAAUCGUGCAAGACUCUCCAAACUCCUUCAAUUUAAAUCCUCGAAAAAGAAUCUAACGAAUCUGAACGACUACGUUGCCAGAAUGAAGCCAAAACAGAAAGCGAUCUUCUACAUUGCUGGAAGUUCUGAAGACGAAGUGAAGAAGUCGCCGUUCGUUGAGAGAUUGGACAAAACGGGACACGAAGUUCUCUAUCUGACUGAGGCGGUUGAUGAAUACGCAAUUUCGGCUAUCCCCUUAUUUGAAGGAAAGAAAUUCCAGAAUGUAGCUAAGGAAGGAUUUGUAUUCGAUGAUAGUGACAAGGGCAAAGAGAAGAUGGAGGAGUUGAAGUCUGCGUUUGAACCGCUAACGAAGUGGUUGAAUACUGUUUUAAGUGAUCACAUUAACAAAGUGCUCAUUUCUGAACGAUUGACGGAGUCCCCCUGUGCGCUGGUGGCUAGCAUGUUCGGUUGGACUGGGAAUAUGGAGAGACUGGCAAUUUCCAAUGCACAUCAAAAGGCUGAUGAUCCGCAGAAAACUUACUACUUAAACCAAAAGAAGACUUUGGAAAUUAACCCCAGGCAUCCACUGAUUAAGGAGCUGUUGAGGCGUGUUGAGGUUGAUACGGAAGAUGCUACAGCGAAAGAUAUUGCACUGAUGAUGUUCAAAACUGCCACACUGAGAAGUGGGUACAUGCUGAGAGAGACUGCCAGUUUUGCUGAGAGUGUCGAAUUGCUGAUGAGGAAGACGCUAGGAAUUCCAUUAGAUGAGGUGCCUGAAGAGGAAGAGGAUGAUGAGGUUCUGGGAGGAGAAAGUGAAGAAACUGUUGCGGAAGAGGACGUAGAUGCUGAGGGGGAAGAGAGUAAAGAUGAUGAACAUGAUGAACUGUGAAGAGUUGAGGGGGUAAUGAGUGAUAAACUCUGUAGCAAAUUGUUUAAGUUGGAAUAUUGCAGAAAGUAGUGAGAUGAGAAAUUUCAAAGAGACAUUUUUGAUCGGGAAUUUCUGCAACUUUCGAUAUUCUCUCUCAAUAUAAGUGAAUAUUCAAGAUAUUCUAUACUUGGUGGAUAUUUUUUAUUAAUCAUUCAGUCAUUUCGCCAAUAAGGGGCUUGAUGAAGAAAGAUCACAGGACCUCCUGUUCUGUGAACAGAAAAAAAGACUCCCAAAGGAUUUUGAGAUUUCUUCGCCUAAUAAUUCAUUCACGAGAUCUAUAAAUAAGUUCCGCCACUCGAUUACCAAACUGAAAAUCGCUGCAGACUAAUUCCCAGCAGCGAUUUUUGUAUCGCUAAAGAACUAGUUUUAGUAGUUCUAUAUCUCUGGUUCAAUUGCCAUUAAAAUUGAAUUUUCAUGGUUUUUCAAUUUUUUAAAUUUCCAGACGGAGAAUUUUUGCAUUUCAAGUGUUCAAAUUGAGUUUACAAGAUUUAUUUCUCAAGAGAUGGAGAAUUCCUUGGAAAAUUGUAUGUGUGGAGCUCUUCCGUGCCCUGUGAAUAUGAAAUUGUAAGGAAUGUAUCAGAGUUGUAUGUAAAUGCUAUUCUAAUUUGUAUCAAAUAAAAAAGAGAAGUUCAAAAUUGAA